AUGCGGCGGGCGGGAUUGGAUCCGAAUAAAGCGGAGAGCAAGGUGAAGUUCGGGAGACACGGGGAAAAGUUGGAGAAGGGGAAGUGCGCGACGACGCUUUGCUUUGGGUGCGACGCGCGGUGCGACGAGACGUUUGAGUGCGCGCAGUGCUUGGAAAUUUAUCGAGCGCGGGCGAAGAAAGUGGCGUUCGACGCUUGGGAGCGCGCGUUCUUUUGUUCGUGCAAGUGCUACAUCGCGAAUUGGGAUGAGCAUCGGCGGCGGCACGGGCCGAGCACCGCGGGGCCGACGAAGAUGGACGGCGCAGUGCACGAGUUUGAGGCGCCGCCCGGGCUCGGUGCGCUUUGGCACGGAUCGGAUUUGCGACGAUUGGAGUUUGAAGAGUGCGCACCUAUGAUGUAUUGA